GCAGGUUGCAGCAAAAGUGCUAAAGAAGACGAUUAUUGGUUAAAGCUAAAGAUUUAGGCUCGUUUAAUACAAAAGUACCACAAUGCCUAGAACGUGUGCCGUUUCCGGGUGCAGCAAACGCGGAGGUAGAGAUAGCGAAAAGUGGUUCCGUUUUCCCCGGUUAGAUAAACGUACCCCACAAAGGGAAGAACUAUCCAAAAAGCGGCAAAUUGCAUGGAUGAAUGCACUGCAACGGGUCGAUCUGGUACCGAAACGGUGGCCAUCAACGGUUGUGUGCUCGCAGCAUUUCAUUUCAGGACGCAGUGCUGAUCUUCUGGAGGAAACGAAUCCCGACUGGGUACCGAAUCAGAAAUUGGACAUCAAAAACCGGAAUAGUAAAAAGUUACCCAGCCGUCGUAAGGCUCUGAAAUCGACUCAGGCAGAAAAUGGGAAAACGGUGACAGAACCUACCUGUAGCGAUACGGAACUUGAAGAUGUGAUAAAAGACAUGUGGAAGGUUGUGUCUGAGAUAUUGCUACGUUAUAGACGUAGGACAACGUAAGGUUGGUAUUAAAGGCACUUUUAUACAUAAGUAAUUUAAUUUUGUCAUUUUGAGAACAACGAGACUUUUUACAUUAAAAAGUUAGCGAAUUUAUUUGCGUUUCAUUUCGGAACUAUUCACCAUAAAGAGGGGUUAUAAU